AUGGAAAAUAUGCUAUUUUGGUUGAUAUUUUUCACCCCUGGGUGGACCCUCACUGUUGGAUCUACAGUGGAACAGGAUUUUAUGUGGCACUUGAGAAAAAUACCCCGGAUUGUCAGUGAAAGGACUUUCCAUCUCACCAGCCCCACAUUUGAGGCAGAUGCUAAGAUGUUAGUAAACAGAGUAUGUGGCAUUGAAUGCCAGAAAGAACUCCCGGCUCCCAGCCUUCCAGAACUGGAGGAUUCUCUUUCCUAUGAGACUGUCUUUGAGAACGGCACCCGAACCUUAACCAGGGUGAAAGUUCAAGAUUUGGUCCUUGAGCCGACUCAAAAUAUCACUACAAAAGGAGCACCAGUUAGGAGAAAGAGACAGGUGUAUGGUACGGACAGCAGAUUCAGCAUCUUGGACAAAAGGUUCCUAACCAAUUUCCCUUUCAGUACAGCCGUGAAGCUCUCCACGGGCUGCAGCGGCAUUCUCAUUUCCCCUAGACACGUUCUCACCGCUGCCCACUGUGUCCACGAUGGGAAGGACUACAUCAAAGGGAGUAAAAAGCUAAGGGUAGGAUUGUUGAAGAUGAGAAAUAAAGGCGGUGGCAAGAAACGUAGAGGUUCUAAGAGGAGCAGGAGACGAGCCAGUGGUGGUGGCCUAAGAGAGGGUAUAAAAGAGAAUCCACGGGAGAGGAGGACCAAGGGUGGAAGGAGAAGAAAAGAGUCCGGCCGGGCUCGGAGGGUCGCUGACGGGAGGCCCUCCUUCCGGUGGACCCGGGUCAAGAGUACCCACAUUCCGAAAGGCUGGGCACGAGGAGAGAGUGCAGACGCGGUCCUGGACUAUGACUAUGCUCUUCUGGAGAUGAAGCGUGCCCACAACAAGAGAUACAUGGAGCUGGGAAUCAGUCCAGCCAUCAAGAAGAUGCCCGGCGGGAUGAUCCACUUCUCGGGAUUUGAUAACGACAGGGCCGAUCAGCUGGUCUACCGGUUUUGUAGUGUGUCCGAUGAAUCCAGUGAUCUCCUGUAUCAAUACUGCGAUGCUGAGUCGGGCUCCACGGGUUCCGGAGUCUAUCUGCGUCUGAAAGAGCCAGACAAAAAGAACUGGAAGCGCAAAAUCAUCGCGGUCUACUCAGGCCACCAGUGGGUGGAUGUUCACGGUGUUGAGAAAGACUACAACGUCGCCGUGCGCAUCACUCCGCUCAAGUACGCCCAGAUCUGCCUCUGGAUUCACGGAAAUGAUGCCGGCUGUGCUUACGGCUAG